UUCUUUCCCUGAGGCUCCUGGCACGUACAUUGGCUUGUUAAGCUUAUUAAUGAAACCGCAUAGUGUAUAGUUUGGAUCUAGAAGUUCAACAGAUAUAAAAGACGACCAGCAAGUCCUCGUUGAUUGUUUUCUGCCAACCAUGCUCGCCGGCUACCACAUUCCCGCCGUCGCGGUCAUCGUCGCCGUGCUGCUUCCGCUGGCCGCCGUGACCGGCCAGCCGACGCAGUGGCGCUCCUCGAAGUGCGCCAGCGGCGCCUACGCGGCCAACGGCACAUACCAAGCGAACCUCGCCCUCCUCGCCGCGGCGCUCCCCGCCAACGCCUCGGCCGGCUCCGGCUUCGCCACGGCCACCGUCGGCGCGCUGCCUGACCUCAUCUCCGCGCUGGCGCUCUGCCGCGGCGACGUCGUCACGGACGACACCUCGGCCUCGUCCUGCCGCGCGUGCGUCGCGGCCGGGUUCCGCGGCGCGCAGCGCGACUGCCCCGGCAGGAAGGACGCCACCGUGUACCAGGACGCCUGCGUCCUCCGCUUCUCCGACCAGCGGUUCCUGGACUUCGUCGGCGCCAACUCGCCCGACGGCAUGUUCAGCUCGGACAGCUCGGGGGACAUCAUCACGGCCCCGGCGGCCCUGUUCAACGCCGCCGCCGUCGCGCUCAUGAACGCCACGGCGUCCCACGCCGUGACCGCCGACAAGUACUUCGCCACGGGCGAGGAGGACUUCCACGCGUCGAGCCGUUACCCGAAGAUCUACGGGCUCGCGCAGUGCGCGCCGGACAUGACGGCGCCGCAGUGCCGGAGCUGCCUCACUGGAUUCGUCGCGAACAUACCGUGGUUCUUGAACGGGAAUCCCAGGGGCCGAGCCCUUGGGAUUUGGUGCAACCUCAGGUACAGCGUGGACCCGUUCUACACGGGCGGCGCAAUGGUGAAGCUUUCGGCGCCGGCACCGGCAAUCGUGCCUUCAAUUGCUAUUGCAGAGACGGGAACAGGGAGGAAAAGGAGAAUAGCAGGAAUCUCUGCAGGCGUCGGUUGUUUCCUACUCCUGAUAUUGAUUCUUGCAGCUUGUGCUUUCAUUCGCUUCAAGAGAAGGAAGGCUAACAAGAAUGAUCACUCAGCGUUGAACGAAAUGGCGAGAGUGAAAUGCACCGUCUACGAUUUCCUUACGCUGCAAGAGGCAACUGAGAACUUCGCAGAGAAGCAUAAGCUCGGAGAAGGCGGUUUUGGUGCUGUGUAUAAGGGAAUCCUCCCGGACGGGCACGAAAUAGCAGUGAAAAAGCUUAUCGACAGUACUGGACAUGGACUGGAUCAGAUACGCAACGAAGUGCUGGUAUUGGCGCAGCUCCAGCACAAGAACCUUGUUAGGUUGGAGGGAUUUUGCUUGCAUCAGAACGAGAUACUGCUUGUUUAUGAAUUCAUCAAAAACGGGAGCCUCGACAACUUUCUAUUCGUAGAUGCUAGUAGAAGAAACACACUAAAUUGGAAUGAAGAGUACAACAUCGUUCUUGGAAUUGCCAAGGGAAUAAUGUAUCUUCACGAGGACUCGAGCAUAAGGAUCAUCCACCGGGACCUGAAAGCUAAUAACAUUCUGCUUGACGAGGCCAUGGAUCCGAAAAUUGCAGACUUCGGAUUAGCCAGGCUGCAAGUAGGAGGACAUACUCAAACCAAGACAACCAGAGUUGUUGGAACAUUCGGUUAUAUGGCGCCAGAGUAUGCAAUACAUGGGAAUGUGUCGCCAAAGAUCGACAUUUUCAGCUUCGGUGUAUUGGUGCUUGAAAUUGUGACCAAGAGGAGGAACUGUGGCUCUUGCGAGGCCGACACGGUGAAUCUCCUAACUGAUGUAUGGGCAUGUUGGACCAAAGGGACUGUAUCGCAAAUGAUCGACCAGUCCCUCGAAGGACACUCUCGAGUCCAAGCGCUAAGAUGUGUCCACAUUGGGCUGCUGUGCGUUCAAUCGGACCCCCACGACAGGCCUGACAUUCCGUCCGUCAUUUUCAUGUUGAACAGGGCCGACAUGGAGCUUCAGCCACCAGCACAGCCUGCAUUCUUCUUCGGGAGAGACUCGAACUCAGAUUCCCAGCAAUUGGAGCAAGGCACCUACGUGUACAACCGAUCUGAUGUGAUGAUUGAAGAUAUCUCCGUGAAUGGGCUCACUAUCACGUAUCCAUAUCCUAGAUGAGUCUUUUUUGAGUGUAUAUUCUAGGCAGAUUCUCCCGUACCUAAUACUCCAUCCAGCCUCAACGGAGUAUUAGGGAAGGGCAUAUCUGACUUUUCACAUUUUUGCAUUAAUAAAAAGUUAAAAAAAUAUCACUGCUUAAGCAAACAAACUAACCAAGGGAAACUAGGGAAUUUGCAUAGGAUAAAUCUGGUCCGCGCGCUUCUCAAAGUAGAAGACGACACAUGUCCAGCAGUGAGUGUAUUUAUCAAUGUGUACUUUCUUUAGAUAAUGAUUUAUCAAUAUGUAUGA